CAGACCAGACUGAAGAUGAUGAAAAACUCCACACAGGUUUCAUAUUUCACACUCGCUGCCUACUUUGACACCGGUGCUUUUGAAUUCAUAUGUUUCAUGAUUGUUAUGUUGUUAUAUCUUUUAAUCCUUUGUGCCAAUGUGCUGCUGAUUGUGGUCAUCUGUAUGAACAGAAGCUUACAUGAGCCUAUGUACCUGUUUCUGUGCAGCCUGUUUGUAAAUGAACUGUAUGGUAGCACAGGGCUGUUUCCAUUCCUCCUGGUUCAGAUUCUCUCUGACGUUCACACUGUUUCUGCUUCUCUGUGUUUCCUGCAGAUCUUCUGUGUUUAUACCUAUGCGAGCAUACAGUUUAGUAAUUUAUCCAUCAUGUCUUAUGACAGAUACCUUGCUAUCUGCUGUCCUCUGCAGUACAACACACGAAUGACAUUUCACAAGGUUGCCGUGCUCAUUUCUCUGUCGUGGUUGUACCCAUUUCUUGCGAUUUUUGUUUUGAUAUCUCUGACCAUCCCUUUACAGCUGUGUGGGAACAUCAUUCCCAAAGUUUACUGUGACAACUACUCCAUCGUCAAACUGUCCUGUUCUGACACCACAGUCAACAACGUCUAUGGAAUAAUUUACACUUUUACAACAGUUGUUCUUGUCCUUUUAAUCCUUUACACUUACAUGAGGAUCCUUAAAGUGUGUUUCUCAGGCUCCAAACAGACCAGACAGAAAGCUGUCAGUACCUGCACACCUCACCUCGCUUCCCUGCUCAACUUCUCUUGUGGUUGUUUCUUUGAAAUUGUACAGAACAGAUUUGAUAUGAAUCGUGUGCCUAAUAUGUUGCGGAUAUUUUUAUCGUUAUACUGGCUCACGUGUCAGCCGCUCUUUAACCCAGUGAUGUACGGACUGAAUGUAACCAAAAUCCGCAUCACAUGUAAAAGUGUUAUCUUUGGUAAAAUGUAA